GCCUCUGCUGCGUGCUCUGCUCCUCUCUCUCCUCCAUUUGCUGCCGCAGCUCUCCGAGCUCGCCGCCGCCGCCUCAGCGCAGGCGCAGCACAGCACAGAUUCGGAGAGCCUGCCCUUAGCACGCAGCGCCAGUGAAGAAGGCCGAGAUAAUGGAGGUGGAGACGAUGCUGGACGACGACGUGUUCUUCGCCGAGCUCAGCAAGCGGAUAUCGCUGCUCAUCACCGACGACGACGAGGGCGCGGACUUCUCCGCCGCGCAGUUCAUCCCCGCCGCCGCCGCCGCCGCCGCGCCCCUCCAGGGGUUCGCGUCGCGCGCCCAUGUGCCGUCGCAGGCGUCGCUGCUGGCGCCACCGGCCUACGCGCUGUACCACCACUACCACCACGGCGCCAGCUACGGCGGGGACGACAGCGCCAGGGCGGCGUGGCAGCAGCUGCAGUGCGGCAGCAAGGGCACCGGCGUGUUCAUCCCGCGGUCCACGCCAGGCUCCGCGCACCCCAAGAAGAAGGGCAAGAGCCGGGGCGCCGCCGCCGCCGCCGCCAAGGCCGCGCGGGCGGCCGGCGCGGGCGCACCGCCCAGGAAGCGCGUCUGAUCUCCGCUUCUCUGCAUCGUGAUUUAAUGGAUCAGCAAGAAACAAAAACAAGAAGAAGAAAAAGGAGGGGUAAAAAAAAGAGCAGAACUACGAACUAACCCCAGAUGCAGCGCUCGUCGGAACCAGCCGGAUUAGCUUGAUAUAUGUUUAAUUAAUCAUUAAUUUUCAGUGUUGUUGUCAUUCUUAUAUGGUAAAUAAUAAAAAAAACCAUAGCUACUCCCCCCUGGGUUAAAAUGUAUAAUGUGAGCCCUAGGGGAUCAGGCUGUGGGCUGGGGCACCACCGCACCAAUAAUCUCUCUGUUUGUAUAUAUAGUAAAAGCUAGCGGUUCGUAGUGCCGUAGUUUUCCUGGCUAAGUCGAUUUAUUAAUUAUUUCUUUGUAUUUCCUUUCUUCCCACAUUUUUGUAAGAUGAAGAAAUGAAUUGUGCUAUUGGUGUACCACUACUAUACUAGAGUAUAGUGCAGUGCUAAAAGAGGAUGGGAAUGUCAAAUGUGCAAUGGUUAGUGUACUAGUACUUUUAAGCUGAUGCCUCGCGCUCCGUGCU